UGUGUGAGGCAAACAAUGGUGGAGGAAGGACGUGAAAUGUCAGAUCUCCGGGAGUGAAUUGAACGUGGCGUUGGAAUCUCCCAAUCAUUCCGAUCAAAAUGAGUGAUAAAGGAGAAGGUAUUACAGAAAUUGACAGUCACAUAAGCAAGAAAUAUGAAAUCCGACGUCGUAUCGGCAAAGGGGCUUACGGCAUCGUGUGGAAGGCGAUAGACCGUCGUUCCGGGGACGUGGUGGCCGUGAAAAAGAUUUUUGACGCCUUCCGCAACGAGACAGACGCGCAGCGCACCUUCAGGGAAAUCGUGUUCCUGCUGGAGUUCUCCUCGCAUCCGAACGUGAUCCGGCUCCUGAACGUGCUGCGGGCGGACAACAACAAGGACAUCUACCUGGUGUUCCAGUUCAUGGAAACAGAUCUCCACAAUGUGAUAAAAAAAGGUAAUGUCCUAGAGGAUAUUCACCGACGCUAUAUAAUGUACCAGUUGUUCCGAGCUACUCGCUACUUACACUCAGGCUCUGUCAUUCACAGAGAUCUUAAGCCAUCCAACAUCCUGGUAGACAGUGACUGUAGAGUAAAAGUAGCAGAUUUUGGCCUGGCACGAUCGGUAGAGCCUUGUGCGCGCAUUGAACCUCAAGGAGACCCAUCACUUACUAAAUAUGUUGCCACAAGAUGGUACCGAGCUCCAGAAAUUCUUUUAAAUGCAAAGAGAUAUACAUUAGGUGUAGACAUGUGGAGUUUGGGAUGCAUCCUUGGGGAGAUGUUGUUAGGGAAGCCAAUGUUCCCUGGGGCAUCAACACUCGACCAAAUUGAAAGGAUUAUGGCUGUCAUUUCUCCGCCAUCCAGAGAAGAUCUCCAUCUAGUCUCAUCACAGUAUGCCUCUACUCUACUAAGUAAACCCCAUGGAAGUCGCAUUCCUAAACCUCUGAAAGAAGUCCUGGCUGGGGCUCCUAGUGAUGCAAUAGAUCUUGUAGAAAAAUUACUGGUGUUUAGUCCAGAUAAAAGACUUACAGCUGAAGAAGCUCUCAAACACCCUUACGUUGCCAGAUUCCACAAUUCAGCCAAUGAACCUUGUUUGGACCGUGCUGUAGUUCCAUGUAUCCGUGAUGAUGUGCAGCUCAGUGUAGACAUCUACCGAAAUAAAUUAUAUGAACUAAUUGCAUCCCGCAAGAGCCGACUCAAAAACUCUUCAAAUAGUGACCAAAGCAAUAGUGUUAGUAGUACAAGAGUUAAUCAAGGUGGGAAUAGUCAGGGACACUCUAAGGAUCUCAGCCAAUUACAGUCAAAGCGUAAUAUUCAGAAUAAUGUUAGUUCUCAUAAUACAAAUAAUGUCAGUCCAAGUAGAGCAAACCACAACUUACAAGCAAACCAACCCAUUAAGGUGAAAGUUGUUGCACGUAAAUUAGAAAGACAGUCAGUCCCAAAGGUUGAAGAAUAUGCUCGACAGUCCUCAAAAGAUAGUGAUAAAUCCUCGGGCAAGUCUUCAGCCAAGUCAUCUGCCAAAUCCUCCAGUAGCUCUAGUCCUGCCAGCAAUGGCCGUCACAAAUCUGUUUCCCCUGUCAUCUCCCGACCCGCAGAGCUGUCACCAGAGAAGAGACGUGAAAGAGGUCACAGUCAUUAUUCUGCAGAUCAAUAUUCAGGAACCUCUCAGCGACAUCGUAGUCUUGAUGGGCUCAGUGGCAUUCCAGGUGUUCCUGUUGCUCGUUCAGGUGGUGUGACUGUCACUCUUGGUUCAGGAAAUGCAAGUAAUAAUGAAGCAGACAGACGUGGACCAUUUACUAGAUCAGUCUCAUUGACUUUUCCAGCAAAUGAAAGCUCACCCACAAAGGUUAUAACAAGUUAUAACAAACAGGCAUCACUACAAAAAGUAAGUCCAGUCAAGAAGUCCUCACCAAACAUAUCACCAGUCAACGGAUACUCUCACCAUGGUAUGAGUGGACGGGAAAGUGUAUAUAGGUCCUCUCCAAGCAAAUACUCAAAUGCAGCAUACACUAGCAAAUCACCCCAUCCACUUUUUGCAUCUUACUCACAGCAUGCAACCAUAUCAUCAUCUGCCUAUAGGGAACUACGCCAAGGUGUUAAAUAAAAAAGAUCACACCAGUCUGUACAUGAAAGAGAAGACAGGGUUAUCUAAUUAUAUAUAAAAGCCCAGAUGUUCCUUGUAAUUGCAGUAUCAAAUGUGGUGUAAUAUCUGGCCAUAGAUUUUUCAGUACAGGAGAAAUAAUUUAAUUUUGUAUCAAAUAUCAAGCAACUUGAAGAUGCAACUUCCUUUCCAUUUGCUAAGUAUAUGUGGUCAGUGUUGAAGGAUUUGUGAAUAUGGAAUUUACAUUUUAUUAAACUGCUAAAUGUUCAAUUGUGCAGGUUAGAGAUUUUGGUGGUGUUUGUUACUGAUGGGAUUAAGUGAGCAAACAUUAGUGACUUAAUAACAUUUGCAAGUAGUCUGAUACAUACCAUUAUAAUUUGUUGUAUUAUGUCCUGAGAGGAAAAAUACCGUUUUUAGGUGGAAUUAAGCAAGGUUUAUUUCCUCUGUAAUCAUAGGAAUUGCAAAUGUACUUGUUUUGCAGUCACAGAGAAUCACAUUUGUACUUGCAUAAUGUGCCAUAAAAGAUUAUGGAUUGUAGUGAGAAAUCAGCAUGAUAUUAGAAUUUCUUCAGUUAACUGUAAUACUUUAUUAUCAGUCUGAAAAUUCCAACCAGAUAAUGAUUCAAAACCAUUGUUAGACACAAUCCUGUUUAGGGUUAUUCAGCGAAUAUCAUCUGUUUGAGGAAACAAGAUGUGUUGAAAUAAAUAAUUAUGAAGUUUCCCAAAAUGAUUUCUUAGUUACUUUUAGUAUAGAUUUUUGUAGUUUUGUUAAGAUCAGAAUGUGAUCUAUGUGCCAUUACAAUACUACUGAUCACACACUAGUUCUAUAUAGAUGGUUAAAAAUAAUUACCUGUGUAAUUGAUGUGGCAUGUGUGUUAGGUAUUACCGUUCAUUAAUGUUUUACAGCAGUAUAAGUAAGGCACAGAGUGUCAGGAAAAAAAUCAUGUACAGCACUUGAUAUUCACACAAUAUUUUUCUGAUGCAAGCAAGAUCAGAAGGUCACCAUAAUUAGAUUGGGAAAGGAUAACUAGGUCUAGACUAUAUACUAUUGAAUCUGUUUACAUUUGCUCAUUUGCUCAGCCACUCCUACACAGGUAUUUAAAGGAACCACUUGAAAAUGGUCUUCAACUUUUUUAUACAACUUGGAAGACAUGGGAAAUUAUUCCAAAUUUAUAUAAGUUUGAUGUGAUUUCUCUAAUGGUGUCAAAGGUCAAGAGAAUGAGAGAUAUAAAUUGAUGAUAUGCCCCUGACAAUCAUGCUCUAUGUAUGAUUUGCAUUAUUUAAUAAAACUGACAAUAUUAGUAAAGGUAGUGAAAGCCUUCCAUUUUUAUAGGUAGACAGUCAUAUACAUAUAUGUAUUAGUGUACAUAUGUAUAAGAAUGUUGAGCACAACUCGGAAUCAUCUUUGUCCUAUGUAGAUAUUUUCAAAAGCCUUAAGGAGCUUAAGUAAGUUCAGACCAGGUACAUAAGUACCCUAUAUUAAAUAAAUGAAAUUUCAUUUAUUUAUAGAUAUUCUGGUUUGUAAGUAAAACUAAUAACCAGUCUGUUACUUCAUUCUAAUGCCAUUAGGGAUGCUCAAGGAUCAUAUCUGCAUUUUAUACAUUAACUUUCUUUAUCAGCACAUAGUAGUGAAUGGGAGGAAGGAAGUCAUAAGUAAAUGAACUUUUCCCUCAGAUAUGUUAAAGAUGUUGUCAGGAAGUUGACUUAUUGUACAUAUUUUCAUAACUUCAUGGAGUCAGCAUUUAAAAUUCUAUGUAUAAAUUUAGCCUUGUGUAAUGUGUAAUGUAUGUAACUUAAGCAAUCACAUGGAAGUCAUAGUUUAUACUAAAUAUUUUUGCACAACAUGUCUGUUAGAUCUGUGAUCAGAUUCCCUUUUAUAUUCUUUAUGAAUAUGAUAAUUGUAAAUGUAUAAAUAUCCAAGCUGUAUCCAGCGCUAGAAGUUGUAGGCUUAGAAAGUAAGCUAGAUAAUCAAUCACCUAUUGUGCAUUUCUUCUAGUUUUAAGGAUACUUUGUUGCAUAUUAUUAAAAGUAGUUAAUUAUGCAGAUCAGCAGUGGAUAUUCACACAAUUAUGACUCCUACUAUUGUAACUUUUCUCCUCCUGUACAUAAAAAAGAUUUUUGUAAGUGCAAUAAUAAUGGUGUAGAUGUUAGUAGUGUUACUUCCACAGGAAUGAAUGCAGGAGGUUUGAGCACUUAUGCCAUGUCUUAAAACUUUUGUUAGUUUUGCAGCUAAAGUCUAACAAAAAAUUAGCAUGUUGACAAAAUGAAAGUUAAAUCUGAUUAAUAUAUGUGUUUCAAAGCAUGUUCAAAUCUAAUUUACCAGUUUCUCACUUUUAUGAAGAUAUUGGUUUUGAACUAAAGUUAUUAAUUAAAUAUAUUACACUUUUUAUCACUUGGAAUCAAGAAAUGUGGGCAAGAACAAGUAAGGUGCACUCUCUCUCUCUCAGUAAUACAAUAUUUUUUAUGUGAAAUAUCUAUAGUAAUUAAGUGCCUUUUGCAACAAAGCCUAAACAUUUGCAUUUUGGUAUCUUGUGUUGUUGGCCAAUAUACUCAAUUUACAAUAACUAAGGUGCUAUGUAAGUGUUUUUUGUAUGGGUUAUUAUUUUCAAAUUGUAUAUUAUUAACCCUACUACAAAGUGUAUAUUAUAUUACAUAUCAUACCCAGCAUAACAGCAUCUUUUCAGAAUACUCGAUCUUUGCAUAAUUCUUUGUACUUAAUGAAUUAUAUAUAUAGUUUUAGUUGUUCUUCACAAAUUGUAGAAUGUCCUUGUCAUUUAUUUUCUUCAGUUGGGCUUAUGUAGGCAAAGAUAGGCAGCAACAGUUACAUGGCUGUAGGUAUUUUUGCAAGUUAUGCAUUCAGUCAGUUCCUUGGGUAAUGUUUCAUUACACCUGUUAAGUUAUGUUGGUCCAAGAGUAUCUGCUCAACUGAACAUUCAAGAAAGUUUUAAGAACUUUGACUAAGUCCACCACAUUGAUUUAAUUAUUUAUUGUAAUGCUAGGUGGUGCAGGAUGAUUGUCUUUCAUCUAGUUUUAAGGUCUCAUUAUUUUCAUUUUCGAAUUGUGCCAUAUAGUAUGAUUGGCUGCAUUUUCCUUUUGCACUGGAAGCUGUGAUACUGAAUUUCCCAUUUAAGAUUUCCCACCCAACUUACUUAUGUAUUCAGUGCAUCAUUUCCUAAUUGGGUCUUGAUAGGGCAUAUUGAUUUUAGUGAAUUUGUGCAAUGGUACUGAUCUCAUGCUUUUUAACUAUUAUUUAGCUGUGCAUAAUUUUGUAAAUCUUAACACAAAGAUGUUUAUGCACAUAUGUAUAAUCAUCAGUAUUUAUUCUGAUCUCAGUAAACUUUUCAAGUGUGAUCCACCCAAGACAUAUCUAAAAUAAAAAUGCAGUAAUAAUA